AAAGAAAAUCUAUCGACAAAAACAGCACAAGGUGCACUCUCUCACAUCAAGAAACAAUAAUCGCAAAAAGCAAACAUAUUCCUAAUUAUUAGCUAUUGCGCUGCGACAGCAAGAAAUCACCUUCCCCCCUUUGUGUUUGUUGUGUUCCUCAGCUGAUAAACGAAAAUAUACCAACAAUCGAUAAAAGAUGGACUCUCCCUCCGGAGACAAAGACGCCAAAAUCGGGCUAAAGCUGGCGGAGAUAUCGAUUCACAAGUUCAACCAAACGAUUCCGCAGUAUCUGAGCCUGCUGAAGAACCACAAGUGCAACAUCGAAAAAGCCAGCUCCCUGAAGGACUGGGACCGGAUCAAGCGGGAGCAGAUCAAUGCCACUCGGGUCAUCAAGCAGAUGAAGUAUUUGAUACUGGAAAUCGAUAAGGUGCGGGCCCGGGUUCAGGAGGGAGAUUUGGAACGUUUUGACGGGGCAAUCGAGGGGGCCAAGAAGAAUGCCUUUACAGCGAUGGGCGAAUAUUUGGAGGCUCAGCAGAAAAUGGUUUCGCGAUCGCAAUCUACGUACAGCUUCACAGAUGAGGAUUAUUACACGAGUCAAGAGCAGCAGGACAACCAGUACGGACGCCAGUUGGUACAUGUCCCGGAGAUAACCAGUACCUACAACCGGGAGGCGAACGAGCUUCGGCAGAGAGCAGAAUGUCUCAAGGAAAUGGAAACUCUCCAGCAAGAGAUUGUCGAUAUUCAGGAUCUGUUCCAAACGGUUCACUCGAUGUCCCAUGAACAGGCUAGGAUGGUAGAUGCAGUAGAGGAAAACGUUGAGGUGACACAGGGUCACGUGGAAGAGGGCGAAACGGUCCUGAGGAAAGCACUCAAGUACAAGAAAGCCAUCUAUCCGAUGUGUGGGGCGUUGCUGGGAUCCUGCAUAGGUGGGCCAAUUGGGUUGAUAGUGGGCCUGAAAGCCGGAGGAUUGGCUGCAAUCGGAGGGGGUUUGGUCGGCUUUGCCGGGGGCAGAUACGUCAAGGAGGAAGGAGGAUUAGAAGCUGUUGAUGCGAUAGACGGUGGAGACAGGGGAGUCGAAGUGGAAGCAAAUGGAGCGGCUCUGAUCACCGGACCUGACCAGACCAUUUGCGAGCGGAAAGAAUGACAGUUGAGGUGGUUUUGCACUAUCCAGUAGAUUGAUGCUAGCUGAAACGUGGCUCGUGUAGGAUUUCAUCGUUUUAUUUUGUUGAUGUUCAUCUCGAAUCGGAGUGUCGUUAUUAUUUUUUUAGUAUAAUAGACCAGUACUGUUAUGGAAGAUUCGACAUUACAAAUCUGGCAAACUUCAUCGCUUAUAUGGAUUUUUAACAGAGGGAAAUGUCCAAACAAUUCCUACGACAAACAAUACGCUGCGAUAACUCAAAGAAUAGAUGUUACUGUGUAAGGAAAGGAUAUUGAUAGAACUAGUUAUUUCAUUUUUGAAAC